UCUGCCCCGUCUCCCUCUCGCGCAAACGCAAAACGCAAGUCAAGUCCCUCCUUACGCUUGUCUUUCUUGAACUUUCCAUUGUUUAUUUGUCUCGGUUUUCGUUUUUCUUGUUUCUAGCUCUCUUUUGCAUUCCAAGAGUCUGUCUCUCGCUCCCUUGAACAAAACUCCACCACCGUCAACAUCAAUCGCCAUUUUGGAUUCUUGUCCUUCAGAUGAUUUCAUCUUCAACAUAGCGAACUCUUUUUGCCGUUUUUUCUCUUUUUCGUCAUUCGCUCGGCCCGCUAGGCGCCACAGACAAUCGUUACUCAUCAUCACUAAAAAUAAAUCGUCACAAUGACAAUAGGCGCAGCACUCCCAACUUCUGGUGUUGCGCUUAACCGGGUGCUGGCCCUCGGCUUGACGCUGGUCGUCAUCUUAGGCAUCGCCAUCAACCAGCUUCAACUGAGCGACGAUCCGUAUCGCUGUAAGGCUCUGCUUAAUGAUGGAACCUGGUUGAACACUCCUGCAGAGAAUGGAAGCAGAGCGCCUUUCACAAACUGGCAGCCUCCCGGAUGUAUGAUCCACAAGUACAAGAAGGAGGAGAUUGAGGAGUGCAUGGAGGGACGACACAUGCUUUUUGUCGGCGACUCUACAACCCGACAGGUCUUUUAUGGCAUGGCUCGUCUGCUCGACGCAGAAAAGGCCGAGGAAGUUCGAGCAAACAGCAAGAAGCACGAAAGCCACGAUGUAGAAUUCGGCGGCAUUCGACUCAAGGAAAUCUGGGAUCCAUUUGGCAACGACAGCGCCAUCGCCCGCAACGAACUCACCCUCUACCACGAAGAGAGGAUCAACGAGGUCCCCGUCGACAAGCAAAAAGGUCCCGCCCUGGCCUUCAUGGGAAUGGGAGUUUGGUUCGCCGCCCGCUUCGAGAAGGAGGAGUCUAUUCCCAUGUUCAAGGCCGCCUUCAACAACAUGUCUGAGCUCGCUUCCAACAUGGACUUUGAGCCUUUCGGCAACCGACCCAUGGACCCUCGCGAUGGAAUUGGCAAUGAAGUCUUCUGGGCACCAAUUGCCCCACCCUUCUACGACAUGCUCCCCGAUUACCGCAAGACUGGUGUCGCUUCGCAACCUGGCGAGGUCGAGGAGAUCGAUGAGUUCCUAAAGACACAGGAGCAAGAGUCUGGCAUUCCCAUGUUGUGGUCGUUCCCCGCUUUGUCGUAUGACCAGCAGGAUGCUAUCGGCGACCACGAGAACGGCUUCCAUGUCACCGACAGCGUUGCUGAGAUGAAGGCCCAGAUCCUUCUCAACCUUCGAUGCAAUGCCAAGCUCGACAUCCAGAAGUCCUAUCCUUAUGACCGCACUUGCUGCACUGACUAUGGCCAGAAGUCCUUCGUCCAGAUUAUCCUCGUCACUCUCGGUAUUUUCUACGUCGGCGGUGCUGCCAUCACCGAGAUUCUUGCUCUUCGAUCUGGCGAGCCCCCCAAGUUGGCCAUCUUCAACCUCGAUGUCGCUACCUUCGUUACCGGUCUGCUUGCGUGCUACUGGGCCGACCGAACACAGUCUUUCGCCAAGGGCUCCAAGGAGUACAACAUGUUCGACUUUAACCUCAUGUCCGCUCUCUGCUUCAUUGUCGGCUUUGCCUUCAUGACCAAGUCCAAGCCUCCCCCCCCUCGACCUGGCGCCGCUCCCGCUGCUGCCCCCGCGACUCUCGACGAUGCGAAGCCUUUGUCUCGUGACCAGACCGAUGAGUGGAAGGGGUGGAUGCAGGCUCUUAUCCUCGUCUAUCACUGGACUGGUGCUUCGCGCGACCUCAACAUUUACGUCGGUAUCCGUCUCCUCGUUGCCGCCUAUCUCUUCCAGACUGGUUUCGGCCAUGGUGUUUUCUUCAGCUCAAAGAAGGACUUUUCCUUCAAGCGUGUCGCCGCCGUUCUUCUCCGUCUUAACCUUCUAAGCUGCGCGUUGCCCUUCUUCAUGAACACCGACUACAUGUUCUACUACUUCGCUCCCCUCGUCAGCUUCUGGUUCCUUAUCAUCUACGCCCUCUUUGCGAUUGGCCAGAAGUACAAUGACAACACCUGGGCGCUUAUGGGCAAGAUCGCUGUUUCUGCCGCUAUCUGCCCUGGAGCUAUGCUCUACACACCCAUCCUGCAGUGGGUUUUUGAUGUUUUGAACAUGGUCUUCCGAAUUGAGUGGGAUCUUCACGAGUGGCAGUUUCGUCUCGGUCUUGAUGGUCUCAUUGUCUACGUUGGUAUCAUCAUGGGUGUCGCUUCUGUCCGAACUAAGCUGUAUAACAAGAUCCUCACCCAAUCUUACGGCCUGGCCGGUGUCGCUGGUAUUCUCUCCAUCCCCCUGUACUGGUGGAUUGCGGUCAGCAGCGCCGAGAGCAAGCAGGACUACACUGCCCUUCACCCCGUCUUCUCCUUCAUUCCUAUCAUGGGCUUCAUCGCUGCUCGCAAUAUGUUCCCCACCGCCCGCACAUGGUACUCUCGAACUUUUGCCUGGAUCGGCCGAUGCUCCCUCGAGACCUUCACCCUUCAGUUCCACAUCCUCCUCGCUGCCGAUACCAAGGGUCUUCUCCUUCUCGACAUCUUCAAGGGUGACGGUAGCCUCCUCUGCGACCGCUGGAGGUCUUUGAUCAUCAUCGUUCCCGUUUUCUUGUGGAUCAGCUCCCGCGUUGCCGACGCUACUGGUGGAAUGGUCAAGCUUUUGACCAAGGACUGGGCUGCACAGGAGCAGGAUGAGCAAUACGACGUGGAGGCCAAGGCUGAUGCGGAACCUCUGAUGAGUGGCAACAUGCUCUCUGGGUUCACGCGACACAUGCCCUCAAAGUCCUCAUGGGCCAACAACCUCAAGCUCCGCAUGCUUGGCCUCUUUGUCCUCCUCUGGACACUCAACCUCUUCUACUAGACAUUCAUCACAUAGCACCGGCAUUAAAACAAGGCGUUUGGGGUAGCGAGUAGCAUUGACGACGAGUCAGCUUGGGACCUUUAUUCAUUCCGCACGAAACGCGUGUUGGAUUUUCUUUUUCACGGGCGCAUUCACCCGACUUUUGGACAUGACAUACAUUCGAGGCUUAUCAAUAAGCUUAUGCAUAAGCCUCCACGGCACGACAUAGAUUUUAUAUCGUAAUGAUAGAUUCUUACAUGAUUCAUCAAAUUUUAUCUUUGAUGCUUAAAGGCUGGCAAAGAAUUCGUGAAGCUCUGGAAAAGGCGAAAUAGGGCGGGUAAGUUCCUGGU